UUUUAAUACUUGCAACAUGAAUGUAAGUAGCAUGCUGAAUGUGCUAAAAAGCUCAACGGACAAGACAGUCAUAUACAAAUGCCUUGUAAAACUUCGCACUGACUUAGUAAAAGAUAAAGAUGGCAUCGUUUUGUUUCGUGUGGCUGGGGGAGUGCCAAUGAUCGUCAGACUAUUGGGAAGAUUGAAUGAGAAAAUAAUGGAGGUGUCCCUAAGUAUAUUAGGGAACUGCUGUACAGACGAAGAAGCAUGCAAGGAGGCCGUUGAAUGCAAAGUGGUUGCGCCCCUGAUAACAAUAUUGAAAACCAUACCCAAUCCUGUGAUCCAAUGCCGUACUUGCCGUAUGCUUGGCAACCUGGCCAAGAGUAAAGCCGCUUCUCCAUUCCUGAGCCCCCACUACGCUGCCAUAGCGCCGGCUAUUUGCCACAUUAUUGAUACUACGAGUGCAGUUCAAACGAGGAUCAUGGCAUUUCGCGUGUGUCGCAUUCUUCUUGUUAGCUCACAGUUCCUUAAACACUUUGUAGCGGCAAACGGGUUUCUUCAGUUGAUGAGCAUAUUUACGGCCGUUAUGAAAAACAACGAGGCAUCAAAAACGCCCACACAAGACUUUGAAGUGUCCGCGAUAAUGGGAUUAAAAAAGAACCAGCAUCGAGAGAAAUAUUUUGAAGAGGUGGCACGCAAUUUGGAAGGUGUGCGCAGCGAUAUCUUUGAUUAUCAAAUGUUGAAGAAUUCAUCCCGCAUUGUAAACGAAUAUAUUUUACCCAAAGAGAGCGAUGCCAUUGAAUUGGCUUAUGAAAUAUUAAAAUGCCUGUUGCUGUUAUCGGCCCAUCAGUUGGGCAUGCGUACAUGGGAGCCUCUUUCGCGCACAUCUUCGUUCGCACCUAUUGUUUAUUUUGUGAAGGAGGAAAGUGAUCAGCGUGCCCAUGCGCUGAAAAUAUUGUCAAAUUUUUGCAAAGAUCCCUGCGCGUUUUAUAUGCUCAGCAACGCAGAUGCUAUUGUGGUUGCAUGUGAGUUGCUCAUGGCUGUAAAUAUGGCAAAGCCUUUGACAGAAAGCGAGUCCCGCCACUGCAUUAAUAUUAUCUCAACGUUAUCGGCCGAUGCGUGCAGUCGCUCUAAAAUUCGACGAUGCGGCGCGUUGCGAAAAUUGGUAGCCAUGAUCAGGGAGUCGAAUUCACAAAGUGAACGAUCUUUGCUUUUCCACAUACUAAACAACUUUCAAUACGACAAUUUAAGUAUGGGAUUUAUGCUGUACGAAGGGUUGGUGCCUGUGUUGGUACGAGAACUAAAUGAUUAUCUUACCAGUGAUGAUGAACAUCACAAGCGACGUCGUGAGGAACGCUUACAGGGCGGGAAGAAGCGCAAGUUAGUAGAGUCCGCCACUCCAGAGACGAUGAGCAAGUUCUCUAAAACCCAAACGCAGGUCACAUUGGACUUUGAAUCUCCUAGCAGUUCCCCGUACUCUAAUCGCACCACAAGUCCGUGUAGCUCGCGCAGCAUGUCCCCAGUUUCCUCGAAACUUUUUAACAACGACGAUGAGGAGGACUAUUCUCCAGCUUGUAGCGACGACGAUGAGGAGGAUGAUGAGCCAACUGAUGUUGAUACCAAUACACGGGAGCACAGAAUAACUGCUAAUCGGGCCCAGCCGGCGAAUGUUUUGGACAUUCUAAAAUUAAUCGAUGAGAAUAGUGAUACCAUAGACGAUCCCCUGUCUGACAAGGAGGACUUCGAUGAGAUUAGCUUGGAUGUUCCAGCUAAGUUGGCACAAACACGAAGCUUAAGUGGAGAUGGUAUAGACGUUAUUGAGAAUCUUUUUUAUCGCAUUACACUCAUGAUAAACAAACGGCCGGAGUUGGGAAAACCGGAAACUCUGGAUACACUCAUCAAAGCCAUUAACAUGUUUGGAGCGAACAACAACUUUGCCAAUUCUCUGACAAAUAUUCUACUUGAAAGCCAGUUUUUCGCGCAGAUUAUCAAACAAGGCGUUGUUCAUCAGUUGUAUCAACUGACCAAAGUAGAGGAGACGCGAAAAGACGGGUUUGCAUUCCUUGAGACACUCACCAAUGUCGGCGAAUCUAACUACGGUAAAGAGGAACUGGUCCGACUGUUACGAUGCGACGAUAUUAAUGCGCAACGCCGGGCUGCUAUAUCGGUAGCCUAUAUAAUUAAGAGCCAUCGCCUGCUCUAUCAGUUUCUGUAUGACGGCAAUGCGUUAACGCUGCUCUUUGAGCUGUUGUUGCGCAAGAAACUUGAGCCCGAUUAUGCGUCUGAAGCUGCCGAUGCCUUGACUGCCAUGUCCCGCUUUACGUUGGGCAUUACAUUACCUGAAGUGGAGGCGACAGAGAACAGCGAGGAUUGCAGCGUACGCGCUUGGUGUGACGAUACCAAACCAGAUGUUGGUCCCAUACUCCUGCACACGGACUGCGACAUGCACUUUGUAGUGCAUGAAGACUUUACCACUCCCAGUGAAGCCAGUGACAAUGAAAGCACUACUGGCAUGGAAAAAGAGCCUGUAAAGGUUGGCUUUAACAAGCAGAUGCUUUGUGACUCUAGCGAAGUCUUCAACAAGAUGCUGAACAGCGAUUUUCGUGAAGGCCAAGAGGGCCAGAUCCAGCUACAGGAGUACACCGUUAGUGGACUGCGGUACUUUCUUCAUCUUGUUGGCUGCCAGGCGGAGUGCAUAGCUUCACAGUCUCCAACAUCACCCAAGUAUGCAGCUCUACUAGAGGCUUUUGAAAUGUCACGGGUUUACAUAAUGCCAGAGAUGGAAACUUUGCUGCAGCAAUACCUGAUUAAAUUUCUUGAUGCCCACAACUGUCUGCGACUGCUGGAAUGGGCGCUGAAAAACUAUCAUGCGGAGCUAACGGAGACGGCCAUCAACUUCUAUUUGUGCGCUCCACUGCCAGCACAAGACAAGAUCACUCUGUUCCGUGAUGCUGAAGAUUCGACCUUUGCCACUGAAUGGUUUCAAUUGCUGAGCGAUGCCGUUUACGAGCGCUGCCGUAGUGUCGGCUACUAGAAACUGUUUGAUUUUCCACCUGUUUAUAUGUAAGGAUUGUUUAUGAGUGAUUUAAAUUCAGCGAUUCUGACAAGUAUACGUGCUGACGUCCUAUGUAUAUGUUUAGAUAGAGCCGUAAAAAUACAAGUAUUCUAUAACACUCAAGGGCGUACGCAGCUUUUACAAAAGGGGGGCGCCAAAAAACUAAAAUUUUGAUUAAAUAAUGCACAAUGCAUUUAAAAAAUAAUUUAUGCAUAUGAUAAAUGAAAAAACAUCAACAAAUCCAACUCAGUUCCAUUUUCAAGGCGAAAUAGUGUGUCAUAAUAAUGAACUUUAUUUGGCAAAAUGUUUUGUAGGGGUCCAAACUACCCCCCUCCCCCUGACCCUCCCUUGCGUACGCCCUUGAUAAUACACAUCCCAUAAUAAACAAAAUUUAGCCCCA